CCCUAGAGAAACCUCGCCACGCGAAGAUCAUGGCGCCGCCGCUUGCCUUCUCCCGCAUCCGCCGCCUCCUCCCCUUGCGCCUCUUCUCCACCUCCCCGACCCCCGACUCCGUCCUCUACUCCCUCCGCACCCUCUCCAAGGACCCCUCCAUCGCGCUCGCCUUCUUCCGCCGCUCCGAGUUCGCUGGCCACCCGCUCGGCUCCUCCGCCUACAACCUCAUGCUCCGCACCCUCGCGUCCCACCCGCUCUCCGCGCAGGCCCACUUCUGGCCCUUCCUCCGCGACAUGAACGAAGCCGGCUACUCCAUAGACCAGGGCACCUACCACGCCGCCCUCGCCUCCUUCAAGAAGGCCUCCCUCACCGCCGACUACGCCUCCCUCACCGUGCACUACGCCAAGGCCCAGGAGGACGCCAAGGGCACCCCGAUCUCCGCCGCCGCCGACGCGGUCCGGGGCCUCGAGGGUUCGGAGGCUGCCGCGGAGCUCGACAAGAAGCUGGAGGGCGUCGACCUGCCGCUCACGGAGACCGCCGUGGCCAGGGUGCUCCGGGAGGUGAGGGACCAUCCGAUUAAGGCCCUAGCGUUCUUCAGGUGGGCGGGGCGUCAGAUGGGUUACACGCACGGUUCGGUUGCUUACAAUGCAAUGGCGAGGGUGCUCGGGCGAGACGAGUCCAUGCGGGAGUUCUGGGAGCACAUCCAAGAGAUGAAGGCCAGCGGUAUGCAUGUCGAUAUCGACACCUAUGUGAAGCUGUCAAGGCAGUUCCAGAAGCGCCACAUGUUGACGGAGGCCGUGGAGCUCUAUGAGCUCAUGAUGGAUGGUCCAUACAAGCCGUCGAAGCAGGACGGUCCGGUGCUCAUCAGGCGCAUCGCUCUAGGGCCUUCGCCGGACCUUCAACUGGUCUAUCGGGUGGUUAGGAAGUUCGAGGCAGUGUGGGAGUUCAAGACGAAGGAUGUUUUUGAUGGCAUCCAUAGGGCGCUCACGAGUAAUGGGAGGUUUGAUGAGGCUGCCGAGAUCGUGAAGAGGAUGAAAGGUGAAGGUCAUCAGCCAGACAAUAUUACGUAUAGCCAAUUGAUCUUUGGGCUCUGCAAGGCAGAUAGGCUUGAUGAUGCUCACAAAGUGCUUGAUGAAAUGGAGGCUGAAGGGUGUAUCCCAGAUUUGAAGACUUGGACCAUGUUAAUCCAAGGUCAUUGUGUGGCUGGUGAGGUAGAAAAAGCCCUGCAGUACUUUGCAGAGAUGAUCGAGAAGAAUUUGGAGGCAGAUGCAGAUUUGCUGGAUGUGAUGGUGAAAGGUCUGUGCAGCCAUGACAAGGUUGAUGCGUCAUACGCUUUGUUUGUUGAGAUGGUGGACAAGGCCAAGUUGAGCCCUUGGCAAGGCACUUACAAGUAUAUUAUUGGUGAACUACUAAGGGUAAACAAACUUGAAGAGGCUCUGGGUCUCCUGAGAUCAAUGAAAGCGCACAAAUUCCAACCUUUUGCAGACCCAUUCCCUACUCACAUCGCCAAGUAUGGGACAUUUGAUGAUGCAAGGCAAUUUCUCAAGGCCUUGACAGUAAAUAACCACCCAUCACCCACUGCCUAUCUGCAUGUUUUCGAGUCAUUUUUUACAGAGGGAAGAUAUUCAGAAGCUCAGGAUUUACUGUAUAAAUGUCCUAUCCACAUCCGCAAGCAUCCUGACGUCACCAAGUUGUUUGAAUCAAUAAAAGUUGAGAGCGCUGCUUGAUGAAUUGCAGGAAAGUAUUGAGAGUUGCUUGAACCCUGGGUGAUAUGAUAUGAUAUGAUAUGAUAUGGCUUUCCGGCAGAUGCAGAAGACAAAAAACUGUGGCUGAAAUGUUGAUGUUGGUAAUAGCCAAUGGUGGUGGAUAGAUUCUUUGGGUCAAUUCAAGCACUCCAUGCUUGACGGAGUUUGGCACGAUAUAUAUUGGCAACAAAAAGAAGUGAUAUCAUCGGUCAUAUAUGCUCCAGAUUUUUCUCCUUUUAAGAUGCUUCCAGCACUCGCCAACAAUAAUACAUGCAGAAUAUUAUCGCCAUGGGCUGAUUGAUGGGCAUCGGCAUCGGCAUCGGCAUAGGGACUUGUUACAGGCUGCCCUUUUUCCUUCUAUCGUCUCGUGCAGUUCUGCUACGCUGCUGCAUGUUGUGUAUUGUUAAUCUUAGAACAAUAAUUUUCAUAUAAUAAAUAAGCAGUAUUUUUUUUACAGUUUGUAGAUUUGAGUCUUCUGCAACUUCAAAAAUACAUUAAAUUCUCUACUCAACUAGUAUCCCCUCUGUAUUUUAAUGGAUUAUAUCAUUGACUU